GAGGAAGAUUCUGUGCUUGGAAAACAACCAUGAGUGCAAGAAGUUUUUUCAGAGUCAUCUCAGGUGGUGCGAAGAAUCUGGUCACCUCCCCAGGGAGGAGGCAGGAGCACUGAGAGAGGUUCUGAAGAACGUUACAGCAGACAUGAUCUGGAAAGACCAGGAGGAUAGGAAGAUCUUCUUGCAGAGGUUUCCUCAGAUGAAAGCAGAGGUUGAGGGGCACAUCAGGAGGCUCCGGGCCCUGGCAGAGGAGGUCAGCAAGGUGCACAAGGACUGCACCAUCUCCCACGUGGUGGCCGACUCCACUGGUGUUGCCUCUGGGCUCAUGGCCCUCGGUGGCCUUCUUCUGGCACCUUUCACAGGAGGACUCAGUAUGGCACUCGUGGCAGGUGGGAUUGGGCUGGGAACAGCAUCUUCUGUGACCAGUGCUGCCACCAGCAUUGUAGAUGGGAGUAAAAUGGCUUCAGCCAAAGAUGAAGCCAUGAAGCUGUUGUCCACAAGCACGGAUAGAUUAAAGGAAUUAAUAGGGAUGUGUGUUAGGUUUGCAUUUAAAAGUUCAUUGGCAAUGGAUGAGUUCAUCCAGUGCCUGAGAGAGCUGGGGCCAUAUGUCUCUACCUUAAGAGGGGCCAGAACCAACCCUCAUCUACCACAUGAGUUGGAGGGCCGAUUGAACAGGGUGGGAUCUUCAAACACCUUUGAGAAUGUGGAGAGAGCCUUUCAGGGCCCUGCACAGUCAAUGAGCAGAAUAACCCGAGUCUUGGGGGGAGUCUCCACAGGGAUCUUACUUGGGUUAGAUGUGACCAGUCUUGUGCAAGAUUGACAGCAUUUAUCUCAGGGGGCAGAGUCAGAGUUGGCCAAAGAGUUGCGCUGGGUAGCUCAGGAGCUGGAGAACAAGUUGAUGUUGCUUGUCAGGGUCUACGAGGCACAGUAGGAGAUGCCACCUUCCUAAGCCCUGUCACCACAGAGCCACACCCAGGGAGACUUCCUUCACCUUGGUGCCCCAGCCUUUGUGUGCUCCGCAAACCUUCACACAACCUCCUCGGGGGAUUCCUGAGGCGUAGCAUCUGGCUAUUUCUAUGCCUCCAAACUCCAUUCUAAAAUGCUCUGCUGGACUUUCUCUUUGCAACUCUCAUGAAAACACAGACUGCCUUUACCCUAUAUGUGUACUGUGGGGCUCUGGGGGCCUCAGGGGCAUGAUCGCAAUCAAUAAACUGAUCAUAGGCUA